AUAGAAACAUGAAUAUUCCCAAGUCCCCUCAAACACCACGCAGUUCUACCGAGAACGUUAUUAGGUCAGCAAAAUUGUCAAUAAACCAAGCAAGCAAAGUAAGAAAGCAAUUGCUUCUUGGUAAUUCAACUCUCGCAGAAAUAAAGUCGGCAAAAGAAAGAAUUGGACAGAAACGAGGAGGGGAAAGAAAUGUGUUGGCCCGCGUGCUUGGAGGUAAAGUAAUAAAGAAAUAUAGAUGUGCUCAAAGAUUUGGAAAAAUAACAGGGCUCGGGAGGAAGAUUGACUCUAGUUCAACGUCAAAAUCACUCCUUACUGCUGAUAGGUUCUCAAAACAACGUACAUGUAUACGCAAACGAUUUUCUGAUGUUUAUUUAGCAUUUAUGACAAGAGAUGACAAUAGUGGGAUGGAACCAGGGAAGGCUGA